AGGUUGGUGUAAGCAAGUAAGGCCUCUCCAUUCUCAUCCUCAGGUUUGUCUUUUAGAUCAUCCUCAUCAUCAAAGCAAAUCAACCCAUCCAAACUAUCGGACAAAACUGAACCCCGAUAUCAAGAUCACCUUUCCCAAUUCAAAGGCUUCAUCUGAAUAAACUGCCCACCAUUACAACCUCGCCCACAAUAGCAAAUACCCAAACAUCCAAAACAGCCAUGUCCGGAAUGCACUCCACCUUCUCCAGCUCCAUCACCGGCGACAGCCGCCACAGCUACGCCCUCCUCUCCGCGACACAACAGGGCUCAAAGGCCUCUGGCUCCUCCUCCGCCUCCCCCUACCAAAAGGAUGCCGACAUCGCCUCAAUCUCGAGCUUCGGCAGCUCCGCUUCCCUUCUCAAGAGCAAACUGAACAAGCACUCCGGCGCAACAAAAUCAUCAUCAUCAUCUAAAAAGUCUUCGUCCCUGAUUGCCCGCCAACGGGCCGCCGAGGACGCCAAUACUCAAAUCAUGAACUCGCAGGCUGCAUUCUGGCCCUCGUCUAUCCGCCACGACUUGUAGAGAGCCAUUCCGGCAACAGCACCAUCUCAUUAGAAAUGUUCGAUUACGAUGAAACCAAAUUGGAAAGCGGCGGCGGCAAAGAAACUGACAUGUUUCGAGGGGGUGUCGCCGCCAUGUUUAUACGAUGGAAAUUACAGGAGUUAUGGGAGUUGGGCUCUUACAUAUUAGACGGCCGUGCUGACAUAGCGGCCAUUCGGAUGGAGUCUUCCUGGAUAAAAUUGUUCUCUACGAUGUUUGAGGU